UAUCCAUUUCUCAAACCCCCUUUCUCUCGAUCUGUGCACAAUUUCUUUUAUUUUGGUAUACUAGAGGUAAUUGAAAAAAUAAUUCUAUAUUAGAUGAACCAUCAGUACACUUACUUUAACAAUUAAGUCAAGAAAGACCGACGGAUCGCCAAGUCAAAGUCCUCGUCUCCUUCUCUCUCUCCUCCCCAGUAUUACCAUUUCUUCUUGAACCCCUCUUUCUCUCCAUAUCCGUGCACAAUUUCUUUUCCAGUGGUUGAGCGUUUGGAGCAGAACUUUGAUCACCAAUCAAUCAAUUUCCGAUGGCCUUGAGCACCCAAGUUAGAGCCUCCACCGGUUCAGCUUUCCCAUGGAAAUACGACGUGUUUUUGAGCUUCAGAGGCGAAGACACCCGCAAGGGCUUCACAGACCAUUUAUACGACAAGUUGCAGUGGAGAGGAAUCAGGACUUUCAGGGACGACCCAGAACUUGAAAGAGGCACAGCCAUCUCUCCGGAGCUCCUCACUGCAAUCGAGCAAUCCAGGUUUGCGGUCGUUGUUCUUUCGCCAAACUAUGCUUCUUCCACUUGGUGCUUGCUUGAACUCUCUAAGAUUUGUGAAUGCAUGGGAGAGAGAGGGACAAUUCUUCCAAUCUUUUAUGAGGUGGAUCCCUCUCAUGUGAGACAUCAAAGGGGCAGCUUUGCUGAAGCGUUCGAUGAACAUGAAGAGAAGCUUGGAGAAGGUAAUAAGGAGGUGGAAGGGUGGAGAGAUGCUUUAACAAAAGUAGCCAAUCUCGCUGGCUGGACUUCAAAGGAUUAUAGGUACGAAACAGAGCUUAUGAAAGAUGUUGUGCAAGCACUGUGGAGCAAAGUGCAUCCUACUUUAACCUUUUCUGAUUCCACAGAGAAGUUAGUCGGAAUGGACGCUAAGUUUGGGGAAAUAGAUGUUCUUUUAGAUAAAGAAGCAAACGAUGUCCGCUUUAUAGGGAUAUGGGGGAUGGGUGGGGUGGGUAAGACCACCCUUGCUAGAGUGGUGUAUGAGAAAAUUUCUCAUCAGUUUGAAGUUUGCAUCUUUCUUGCUAAUGUCAGAGAGGUUUCUGCUACACUCGGUCUAGUUCAUCUACAGAAACAAAUUCUUUCCCAAAUCUUGAAGGAAGAAAAUGUUCAAGUAUGGGAUGUUUAUGAUGGAAUGACUAGGACAAAGAGAUGUGUAUGUAAUAAAGCAGUUCUUCUAGUUCUUGACGAUGUGGAUCAACCAGAGCAACUGAAAAACUUGGUGGGAGAAAAAGACUGGUUUGGUUUAAGGAGUAGAAUCAUCAUUACAACCAGAAAUCGGCAUGUACUAGUCACCCAUGGUAUAGAAAAACCAUAUGAGUUGAUGGAAUUAAACUAUGAUGAGGCUCUUCAGCUGUUUAGUUUGAAUGCCUUCAGGAAAUAUGAGCCGGAAGAAGAUUAUGCAGAGCUCUCUGAGUGUUUCGUUAGCUAUGCCAGAGGUCUUCCUUUAGCUCUUGAAACUUUGGGGUCCUUCUUGUAUAAAAGAAGUCUGGGUGCAUGGGGUUCUGCAUUGGAAAAACUACGAAAUACUCCCAACAGAAGCGUUUUUGAUUUGCUAAAAGUAAGUUAUGAUGGACUUGAUGAGAUGGAGAAGAAAAUUUUUCUGGACAUUGCAUGUUUCCACAGGCUGUACUGCAAUGAGUUUAUGAUUGAACAAGUAUACAGUUCUGACCCUUCCUAUCGUAUUACAAUAGAUGUUCUUGCUGAGAAAUCUCUCAUAACUAUUUACUCAGACAACCAAAUAGGUAUGCAUGAUUUGAUACAAGAAAUGGGAUGCGAAAUUGUUCGCCAAGAGUCUUAUGAAGAGCCUGGUGGACGCAGUCGGUUGUGGCAUCGCAACGACAUAUUUCAUGUAUUCACAAAGAAUACGGGAACAGACGCCAUUGAAGGCAUAUUGUUAGACUUGCCUGAAUUAGAAGAGGCAGAUUGGAAUCUUGAAGCCUUCUCUAAAAUGUGUAGACUAAAGCUGCUCUACAUUGAUAAUUUAAAGCUUUCUCUUGGCCCCAUAUAUCUUCCUAAUGCCUUGAGAUUUCUGAAAUGGAGUUGGUAUCCUUCAAAAUCUCUCCCACCAGGUUUUCAACCGGAUGAGCUUACUGAACUUAGCUUGGUUCAUAGCAAUAUUGAUCACCUCUGGAAUGGAAUAAAAUACUUGGGCAAGUUGAAAUAUAUCAAUCUUAGUUACUCUAUAGACUUGAGAAGGACCCCGGAUUUCACAGGUAUUCAAAACCUUGAACAGUUGGUUCUUGAAGGUUGUGUGAAUUUAGUUAAGAUUCAUCCAUCCAUUGCAUUUCUCAAGAGACUUAAAAUUUUGAACUUUAGAAACUGCGAAAGUAUUAAGUGUCUCCCAAGUAAAUUAGAAAUGGAAUCUCUUGAAACAUUUGAUGUAUCUGGCUGCUCAAAUCUGAAAAUGAUUCCAGAAUUUGUGGGGAAAAGUCUUGAGAGUUUGGUUCUUGAAGGUUGUACGAAUUUAGUUGAUAUUCAUCCAUCCAUUGCAUUUCUCAAUAGACUCAAAAGUUUGAACCUUAGAAACUGCAGAAGUAUUAAGAGUCUCCCAAGUGAAGUAGAAAUGGAAUCUCUUGAAACAUUUGAUGUAUCUGGCUGCUCAAGACUGAAAAUGAUUCCAGAAUUUGUGGGGCAAAUGAAACGAUUAUCAAAGCUUUCUUUAAGUGGGACUGCAGUUGAGAAACUGCCUUCAUCAAUUGAGCGCUUCAGUGAGAGUUUGGAGGAGCUAGAUUUGAGUGGAAUUGUUACAAGAGAGCCACCCUGCUCCCUUUUUCUCAAGAGAAAUGUCAAUGGCAAACGCCCAAGAUCAUGGUACUCAUUGCUCCCUUCUGGCUUAUUUCCAAGAAAGAGUCCUCUGUUAGCUUCUUUGAAGCAUUUGUCUUCAUUGAAGAGAUUAAAUCUGAAGGACUGUAAUCUCAGUGAAGGAGAAAUUCCCAAUGAUAUUGGUUCUCUGUCUUCCUUAAAGUACUUGAAUCUCGGAGGAAACAAUUUUGUGAGCCUUCCUGCAAGCAUUCAUUUGCUUUCUAAGCUUAAAUGGAUCCAUGUGGAGAAUUGCAAAAGGCUCCAACAAUUGCCAGACCUUCCAUUAAAUGAAGAGUUAUAUCUAAGAUCGGAUAAUUGUACUUCCUUAGAAGUGCUUCCAGAUCCUCCAGAUUUAGGCAGAUUAUCAAAAUUUUGGCUCGUUUGCCCCAAUUGCACGAGUACGGUUGGUAAUCAAGAUUCUAGUUAUUACUUAUAUUCAGUGCUAAAGCGGUUGCUGGAGGAAACCCCUUGUUCUUUGGAUUUUGCCAGUUUCGUAAUUCCUGGAAGUGAAAUUUUGGAGUGGUUCAAUAAUCAAAGUGUGGGAGACUCGGUAACUCAGAGGUUUCCUUUGUAUGGAUGUAAUAGCAACUGGAUUGGUGUCGCUGUAUGUGCUCUACUUGUACCUCACGACAAUCCGUCUGCCGUUCGUGAGGACCCUACUUUAUAUCCUGAUGAAAGUUCAAUUAUAUGUCGAUGGCGUGGAUACAGUUUUGGCAUGGAAGGUGUUGGUGACAGCGUAAAACCAAUUGUUUCAGAUCACCUUUUCGUAGUCGUUUUAGGCGGUCAUGUAUUAAAACCGAAGAAUUGUCUAGAGGACACAUGCAAUCAGCAGGUUAAGUUUGACUUCGAAAUCAGACGAGCUGUAGGAAACAACAGAUGCAUAAAGGUGAAGAAAUGUGGGGCCCGUGCACUGUACAAGCAUGACAUGGAAGAGCUGAUUAGUAAAAUGAACCAAACCAAGAGCAGCGUUUCUCGUGACAAGACUUUGGAUUUUGAUUUUGGCAAAUCAGCAUAUGAGCAAGGUGGUGUCAUCGUUAAGGGAAGACGAGAGGGAACAAGCGGAAGUGGUGGCUCUGACGACGAAUAUUUCUCUGCAGAAGAAUGAAAUUUUUUUUAGAAGAGACCGUCUUCAUUUGCGCUUGUUUUAACCAUCCAGUGCCUCAAAGCAAAAAUGAAAGUCUAACUGGAUUUUGUAACAAGUGACCGUCUUACAUUAUGACUGGCUGUUGUAACUGGAUUUUCCAAACA